AUGGCACCCAAGAAGAACGCUGCUGCCACUGCCCCAGCAGACACACCAGUCUCGACCCCGGCGAAGGCACCCAAGACCGCAAAGGCCCAGUCCUCCAAGUCAUCGCUGCUUCCGGAGCAGGUUUGGUCCCACUAUUGGAAGACCACCGGCCACCAGACACGCCUGAUCGAUGCAUUCCUGGCCUUCCUGAUGGCCGUUGGCGCUAUCCAGUUUGUCUACUACUUCCUGAUCGCGAAAGAUCCCUUCAACGCCUUCCUGGCGGGCUUCGCCGCCACCGUUGGCCAAUUCGUCCUGACUGUUUCCCUACGCAUGCAAACCGACGAGCAGAAUAAGUCCGACUUCCCCAAGGUCACCCCGGAGCGGUCCUUCGCAGACUACAUCCUCGGAAGCCUCAUCUUGCACUUCUUCUGUGUAAACUACAUCAACUGA